UCGAACUGAGUUGUUUACGAUUUUUUAAAGAUACGAAAAGAUUCAAAUUCAGUUUGCUUUUAAACUAAGGUUUCAGGCUGUUUUCAGAGAAUGCAUCUUGUAUUCUGCUUUCUUUCCGUGUUCUUUAUCGUGGGUUUUACCGACGCUAAUAUACGAGUCAAAUCCUUUAAGUACAAAGACGAUCACAAGGCAGAUGGUCGUGAAAUUCUACAGAAGGUAGUUGUCAGUAGUGUAGCUAAAUGUGCCUACCAGUGCACUGCUAAYAAAGACUGUGAGGAUGCUAACUUUAACAGGGUUUCAAAAUUCUGCCAGUUGUUAAGGAAAAAACCGGAGAGUGUGAUGUUGUCACUGGUUGAACAAACAGGAUACAUCUACCUUGGCGAUAAUGACGAAAUCAAGAAAUAUGACGAACGCAUUAAAAUGAUUAAAGAACGUUCAAGCUGUAAAACUAUUUACGACAGUGGAAGGUCAAAUGGAAACAAGGCAUAUAACCUAACGUUCGGUACAAGCACCAAUUGGUCCAUGACAUAUUGUAUGAUGGAUCCCAUCCCUGUGUGUGGAUCUGGAGGAUGGACUUUGGUCAUGAAGAUCGAUGGAACGAAGUUUAUAUGAUGUCAUAAGCUGAUUAAAGAUCAAGCUCCGCG